CCAGUUCUCAAUCAUGCAGAUUUAACCAAUUAUCUCUUCUAUCUCUAGCAAAGGAUAAACCUAAUUACGAUCGGAAAGAAAAUGAUUUCCUCAUUUGCAGUUUUUUCUUACUUAAUUUUCUUGUCAUUUGUUCUAAUAUCACUUUUCCAGCUUUCGUCCAAAAAAUCAAAGAAAAAUCUUCCUCCAUCUCCACCAAAGCUUCCAUUCAUCGGAAACUUUCACCAACUGGGCUUACAACCACAUCGCUCUCUCCAAAAACUAACGAACGAACAUGGCCCAAUGAUGAUGCUUCAGUUUGGCAGCACACCUGUGCUCAUCGCUUCCUCAGCCGAAGCAGCUUCCGAGAUCAUGAAAACCCAAGAUAUGAGCUUUGCUAACAAGCCCAAGUCUAGUAUUCCAAGCAAGCUUUUCUUUGGUCCAAAGGACGUGGCCUUCACUCCAUAUGGAGAGUACUGGAGGAACGCUAGAAGUGUUUGCAUGCUUCAGCUUUUGAACAACAAAAGAGUCCAAUCGUUUAGUAAAAUCAGGGAAGAAGAGACUUCUCUUCUUCUCCAAAAAAUUAGGGACUCAAUUGACAAUUCACAAGUUGUGGAUUUGACGGAGCUGUUUGUGAGCAUGACGAACGACGUGCUUUGCAGGGUGGCGUUAGGAAGGAAGUAUUGUGAUGGGGAAGAAGGGAAAAAGUUCAAGACAUUGUUGUUAGAGUUUGUGGAAUUGUUGGGAGUUUUUAAUAUUGGAGAUUACAUGCCCUGGCUUGCAUGGGUGAACCGUUUCAAUGGUUUAAAUGCCAAAGUGGACAAGGUGGCUGAUGAGUUUAGUGCAUUCUUGGAGGGUGUGAUUGAGGAACAUAGGGAGAAGAAAAUAGAUGACAAAGAAGAAGGGGCGGAUUUUGUGGAUAUAUUGCUCCAAGUUCAGAAUGAAAACAAGUCGGGUUUUAAGGUUGAGAUGGAUUCAAUUAAAGCUAUUAUCAUGGAUAUGUUUUCUGCAGGAACUGAUACAACGUCCACUCUUUUAGAAUGGACAAUGAAUGAGCUGAUCAGAAAUCCAAAGACUUUACGAAAAUUAAGAGACGAGGUGAGGCUAGUUACUCAAGGGAAGUCGGACGUAAUAGAGGAUGACUUGGAACACAUGCCUUAUUUAAAAGCAGUGAUCAAAGAGAGCCUACGGCUUCAUUCUCCGGUGCCAUUGCUUCCUAGGGAAGCAAUAAAGGACACCAAAGUGUUAGGCUACGACGUAGCUGCGGGAACUCAAGUCCUUGUUUGUCCAUGGGCUAUAUCGAGAGACCCAGCCAUAUGGGAAAAUCCAGAGGAGUUUCAACCAGAAAGGUUUUUGGAUAGUUCUGUCGAUUACAAAGGGUUACAUUUCGGAUUAAUCCCUUUUGGUGCCGGCAGAAGAGGUUGUCCCGGAAUUACAUUCGCUAAGAUUGUGAAUGAGCUGGCAUUAGCAAGAAUGUUGUUUCAUUUUGAAUUCUCGUUACCAAAUGGAGCAAAAGCUGAAGAUUUGGAUGUGGAUGAAGCCCUUGGAAUUACAGUCAGACGAAAAUUCCCCUUACUUGUCGUUGCAACUCCACCCAUUAUUUGAUUUAUUAUGCUGUGGUAGUGAAUUAGGAAGUUGCAUUUCAUGUUGAGAUUUAAGCAUGAUACUACUCCAAGGUGGGAUGCCUCCCAACCAUACGCUAGGCAAAUAAUGUUCACUUCUUUUGUUGUUAAAUAUGCUUCCUAAUUUUGGUUUA